CACCUAUAUAACACCACAUCUCCCAUCGUUACAUAGAGGAUCACAACCCGAGAAGUUGGUGAAAAAUCAUCCAUGGAAGCUCAAGCACUGCUAACCCUCACUCUCCUAAGCCUCUAUGCCUCAGGGGCAUACUCAGUCACAUUCACAUUCACAAACAAUUGUCCAUACACAGUCUGGCCCGGAACCCUAACUGCUGCAGGCAAACCACAGUUAUCAUCAACAGGCUUCGAACUCCCUUCAAAGGCUUCAUUUUCCUUGGAUGCUCCACAAGGAUGGUCUGGUAGAUUCUGGGGAAGAACUCACUGCUUCAAAGACCCUUCAGGGAAAUUCACAUGUGCCACUGCUGAUUGUGCCUCUGGCCAAAUCCCAUGCAAUGGUGCAGGUGCAGUGGCACCAGCAUCUCUAGUGGAACUAACACUGGCCUCAGAUGCCAAAGGCCAAGAUUUUUUUGACACAAGCCUGGUUGAUGGCUUCAACUUGCCACUCUCAGUGGCCCCACAAGGUGGUGGUGGUGUUAGGUGCACCACUACUAGUUGCCCUAGCAAUGUGAAUGCUGCAUGUCCACCGAAUUUGGCUGUGAAGGGUGGUGAUGGAAGUGUGAUUGCUUGCAAGAGUGCGUGUGUGGCAUUCAACACUCCACAGUACUGUUGCCAGGGUGAGUUUGGUGGCCCUCAGACUUGCCAACCCACUGACUAUUCCAGAAUUUUCAAGAAGCAGUGCCCUCAGGCUUAUAGCUAUGCCUAUGAUGAUAAAACCAGCACUUUUACAUGUUCUGGGAGCCCUAACUAUGUCGUCACUUUCUGUCCAUGAUUCUGUUAAUUAGUUAGUUUAACUUUGGUGCUUAUGAUGCAAUGUUUGUAACUUUGUAAUGUUUGAGAGAAGUU